AUGAGCGACUUUGAAAUCAUCAUCAAGUCUUCUGACAAAAAGGUCCCGGUGUCUGUCAACAAUGAUACCCUCGUCUCCAAGGUCAAGGAGCAGAUGGCAAAGGAGCUGGAUAUCCCUGCCGAGAGACAGCGACUCAUCUACUCCGGCCGAGUGCUCAAGGAUGGAGAGACCGUCGGAUCUUAUAACAUCAAGGAGGGCCACUCCGUCCAUCUUGUCAAGGGUGCUGCCCCCCAGGGCUCCUCCGCAGCUUCCGCCGCUAGCGCCACCUCCGCCAUAACCAACACAGCUUCCUCCAAUCCUGCUUCCACCGGAAUUCCCAACAACAUCGCCAGCGGUGCAGGUGCAGGAAACCCUCUGGCUGCGCUCACUGGAGCUCAGUUUGCUGGCCAUGGUAUCAACCCUCAGAUGUUUGGAGAUCAGUUUGGACAGCCUCCCUCCGAAGAGGACUUCAUUAACAUGAUGCGACAACCCGGCUACAGAGAGUCCGUGGAGGCGAUGCUCAACAACCCCCAGAUGCUUGACAUGAUGAUCAACUCUAACCCCCAGCUGGCCGCCAUGGGCCCCCAGGCUCGACAGAUGCUGCAAAGCGACCACAUGCGACAGAUGAUGACUAACCCCGAGGUUAUGCAGGGAAUGAUGCAGAUCCAGAGAGCCAUGAAUCCCGAGGCUCAGGGCUCUGCUUUUCCCGCUCCUGGCGCUGCCCCCGGUGCCGGUGCCGGAACUGAUGGCGCUGGUGCUGGAGCUGGUGCCGGUGCCGGUGGUGCUGCUGGGGGAGCCAACGCCAACAACAUGGCCAACUUCAUGCAAAUGAUGGGUGGUGGCGGAUUUGGUGGAUUGGGCGGUGGUAACGCUUUCUCUGCUCCUGCUGCUGAGCCCGAAGACACUCGACCCCCGGAGGAGCGUUACGAGUCUCAGCUGAGACAGCUCAACGAGCUUGGCUUUUACGAGUUUGACCGAAACGUUCGUGCUCUGCGACGAAGUGGAGGCAACGUGCAGGGAGCCAUCGAGGCUCUUCUUGACGGUGGUGUUUAA